CUCGCUCCCAAGGUCUCGCGACAAGGGCGUUCACUGACCACGGUUGGGCGCGUUGGGCGGUGUCCGGAUAUAAAAGACUCCGCCCGAGCGGGCAGCCGCCAUUCUGGGGUUCGUUUAGAGGUUUGAAUUAUCUCGGAGAAAGGCCGGCCUCAAGGAAAAAAGAAACAAGCCGCAGCAACAUCUAAUCCCUUGAAAGGAUCCUGGGGGGGAAGGGAAAACAGCAGCCACCAGCCCAACCACUGUGUCUUCUGCCCCCUCCCUUCCCACCUAUCUUGCCCACCCCACCAGCCCACGCUGCUUGGGACUUGAAAUCUGUGGCCGAAGGACCAUCACCACAUAAAUCCAAAAAUAAUCAACCACCCUCCCUUACCAAACCCACCCAAAUUCAUUCAUCCAGCAUUUACCUUUUUGAAUCCACUCAGAACUUACUUUCUACGACCCCCCCCCCGCCCUAAAUGGAGUUGGGUGGGGGGGGAAAUGAAUACUGAGUUGGCUUUUUUUUUUUCUAAGAGACUUUUUGAUCCAAUGAGGCCCCCCAAAUAAUUGAGUUUUGGGUCCUGGUUGGUUGAUUUUUUUUUUCUCCAAAAUUUUAACCCCCUCCCCCCUGAGCCCGAGGUGCUGACGUCGCAAAAAAAUUGGAUAAAACCUCAAUCAUGGGUUCGGGUCCCAUAGACCCCAAAGAGCUGCUCAAGGGCCUGGAUAGCUUCCUUAACCGAGAUGGGGAAGUCAAGAGUGUAGAUGGGAUUUCCAAGAUCUUCAGCCUGAUGAAGGAAGCACGGAAGUUGGUGAGUCGAUGCACUUACUUGAACAUUCUCCUGCAGACCCGGUCACCAGAAAUAUUGGUCAAGUUUAUUGAUGUUGGUGGCUACAAGCUUCUUAACAAUUGGCUGACGUAUUCAAAGACAACCAACAACCUUCCCCUCUUGCAGCAGAUUCUACUGACCCUGCAGCACCUACCGCUUACUGUGGACCAUCUCAAGCAGAACAACACAGCUAAACUGGUGAAGCAGCUGAGCAAGUCAAGUGAAGAUGAAGAACUCCGGAAAUUGGCCUCAGUCCUUGUCAGUGACUGGAUGGCUGUCAUCCGCUCCCAGAGUAGUACUCAGCCUGCUGAGAAAGAUAAGAAAAAACGUAAAGAAGAGGGAAAGAGUCGAACCACCCCUCCUGAGCGACCCUUGACUGAGGUGAAGGCUGAAACCCGGGCAGAGGAGGCCCCAGAAAAGAAGAAGGAGAAGCCCAAGUCUCUUCGAACCACAGCACCCAGUCAUGCCAAGUUCCGUUCCACUGGGCUAGAGCUGGAGACCCCAUCCUUGGUACCUGUGAAGAAGAACGCCAGUGCAGUGGUAGUUUCUGACAAGUACAACCUUAAACCCAUCCCCCUCAAGCGUCAGAGCUCCUUUUCUAACAGCCCUGCAGCUACUCCAGGAGAUGCCACCCCCCCUGCAGAGAAAAAAUACAAGCCACUCAACACAACACCCAAUGCCACCAAAGAGAUCAAAGUGAAGAUCAUCCCACCACAGCCUAUGGAGGGCCUGGGCUUUCUGGAUGCGCUCAAUUCAGCCCCUGUUCCAGGCAUCAAAAUUAAAAAGAAGAAGAAAGUGCUGUCACCUACAGCUGGCAAGCCAAGCCCCUUUGAAGGGAAAACGAACACAGAACCAAGCACAGCCAAACCUUCUUCCCCAGAACCAGCACCUCCCUCUGAUGCUGUGGACACAGACCGUCCAGGGACCCCAGUUCCCCCUGUUGAAGUUCCAGAGCUCAUGGAUGCAGCCUCUUUGGAGCCAGGAGCUCUGGAUGCAAAGCCAGUGGAGAGUCCCGGAGAUCCUAGCCAAUUGACCCGGAAAGGCAAGAAGAGGAAAACUGUGACGUGGCCUGAGGAGGGCAAACUGAGAGAAUAUUUCUAUUUUGAACUGGAUGAAACUGAACGAGUAAAUGUGAAUAAGAUCAAGGACUUUGGUGAGGCAGCUAAGAGAGAGAUAUUGUCAGACCGACAUGCAUUUGAGACGGCCCGGCGUCUGAGCCAUGACAACAUGGAGGAGAAGGUGCCCUGGGUCUGCCCCCGGCCCCUGGUUCUGCCCUCACCUCUUGUCACACCUGGAAGCAACAGCCAGGAGCGAUAUAUCCAGGCGGAGCGGGAGAAAGGGAUUCUUCAGGAGCUCUUCCUGAACAAGGAAAGUCCUCAUGAGCCUGAUCCUGAACCCUAUGAACCUAUCCCUCCAAAACUCAUCCCCCUAGAUGAGGAGUGUUCCAUGGAUGAGACUCCGUAUGUUGAGAGCCUGGAUCCUGGGGGGGCUGGUGGCUCACCUGAUGGGGCAGGCGGCUCCAAGUUGCCUCCUGUUCUAGCCAACCUCAUGGGAAGCAUGAGUGCUGGGAAGAGCCCCCAGGGUCCUGGAGGAGGAGGCAUCAACGUCCAGGAGAUCCUCACCUCCAUCAUGGGUAGUCCAAACAGUCAUCCCUCAGAGGAACUGCUAAAGCAGCCAGACUAUUCAGACAAGAUCAAGCAGAUGCUGGUGCCUCAUGGACUCUUAGGCCCUGGGCCAAUAGCCAAUGGUUUCCCACCAGGAGGCCCUGGGGGCCCUAAGGGCAUGCAGCACUUUCCCCCUGGACCUGGGGGACCUAUGCCAGGCCCCCAUGGAGGAGGCCCUGGGGGCCCUGGUGGGCCAGUGGGUCCACGUCUUCUGGGUCCUCCACCGCCUCCCCGGGGAGGCGAUCCCUUCUGGGAUGGCCCGGGUGACCCCAUGCGGGGGGGCCCAAUGCGGGGAGGUCCAGGACCUGGUCCUGGACCAUACCACAGAGGCCGUGGUGGCCGAGGAGGAAAUGAACCUCCUCCUCCUCCUCCAUUCCGAGGGGCCAGAGGAGGUCGCUCUGGAGGAGGACCCCCAAAUGGACGAGGGGGCCCUGGUGGAGGCAUGGUUGGAGGUGGGGGACAUCGUCCCCAUGAAGGCCCUGGCAAUGGCAUGGGCAGUGGCAGUGGACACCGCCCCCACGAAGGCCCUGGCAAUGGCAUGGGUGGUGGCCAUCGCCCCCACGAAGGCCCUGGCGGGAGCAUGGGUGGAAGUGGGGGACACCGUCCCCAUGAAGGCCCUGGCAGUGGCAUGGGCAGUGGCAGUGGACACCGCCCCCACGAAGGCCCUGGUGGGAGCAUGGGUGGAAGUGGUGGACACCGCCCUCACGAAGGUCCUGGACAUGGGGGGCCCCAUGGCCACCGGCCUCAUGAUGUCCCUGGUCACCGAGGCCAUGACCAUCGAGGGCUACCCCCUCAUGAGCACCGUGGCCAUGAUGGCCCUGGCCAUGGAGGAGGGGGCCACCGAGGGCACGAUGGAGGCCACAGCCAUGGAGGAGACAUGUCAAACCGCCCCGUUUGCCGGCAUUUCAUGAUGAAGGGCAACUGCCGCUAUGAGAACAACUGUGCCUUCUACCACCCGGGUGUCAAUGGGCCCCCCCUGCCCUAGGGUCCACCUGCCUCCCUGCCCACACGUACCCCUGUGGACUGCAGCCUUGCUCCUUGCACCUGUUAAUGGCUUCUGUGAGGCCCACUUUCCCCAGCUGAUGAGGAGCCGGCCCCCUCCCAGUUCCCACCUGCUUGGUUCCUGGGUGUUUUCUGAUCACUGGUGCACGUUGAUGUACGUAUUUCCUCCAGUCUGGGGAGGAGAGAGACUGGACAUACUCUGUAUCCUGGACUGCUGAAGAGGAGACCCAGUUGGCUUCACUUUUUGAGGAGAUUUACCCUGUAACCCCAAACCUCUUCUGCCUGAGAACCUAAAUCUGGUUAUCCUGGAGAACACCUCUGCUUUCCAUUGGGGGUCCUCCACAUGCACACAGAACUGACAUGGGAUCACCUGCACUUAUGAAAUAAUCCUAGCCAAGCUCCUUAAUACCCAGGAGGUGGGGAGAUGGUAAAAGGGAUAUUGUAUAUCCCACUGCACUGAGAGGGCUCAAUCAGGCUGGAUUUGAGUUCUGGAACACAUCAUCCCCACUUCUCCCCCAGCACAGUCUUUACAUUCUGAAUCCUCUCUCAAGUAAGACUUCGCAACUUUCUGUGAAGACCCGUGUCUGC